UACGGAGUAAUGUACAGGAACUAAUCGAUUUUUUUGAUCCCCACUCCCCUUUUUUGCGACCAAAAAAGCUGAAUAAAAAGGGUGAAAUUGACGGGGAAGUCCCUCUAUAGAUACAAGUUCCCGGUGCCGAUCUUUUCCAGUUAGGGUUUGAGAGCAGAGAUGUACGGGAGCCAGUUCGAUGGCAACGCGGCCUUCGCCGGCGGCGGUUUCAUGCCCUCUCAGACCACUCAGACCGCCGAUCCUUCCUUCUCUGCCGCUAAAAAUCGAGAUACCCAACCACUGCUUCCGUUAACUGUAAAGCAAAUAAGCCAAGCUUUUCAGGCUACCGAUGACAAAUCAAACUUUAUUAUUGAUGGCGUCGACGUGAACAAUGUUACGUUGGUGGGGAUGGUUUUCAAUAAGGCAGAAAGGGUUACUGACGUUUCAUUUGUGAUUGAUGAUGGCACUGGACGCAUUGACUGCAAUAGAUGGGUGAAUGAAGCUGUAGACACUAAGGAAGUGGAGGCAAUAUCUGAUGGAAUGUAUGUUCGGGUUCAUGGACAUUUGAAGGGCUUUCAGGGUAAAAAACAGUUAACAGUCUUCUCGAUCAGGCCUCUGACUGACUACAAUGAGAUGCCAUACCACUUUGUUGAGUGUAUGUAUGUCCAUAACUACAACACCAAAUCACGGCUACAGGGUAGUGUCCCCACUCAAAAUAUGCCAAAUUCAGCUGUUGCCACACCUUCAAAUAGUUACCAAGCUGCCCCACCAAAUCAAUACACUGGGCACUACGGCAUUGAUGGAGUGAAGGGCAUUGCUCAAUUGGUCUUUGACUAUCUGCAGCAGCCUUCGUGCCUCUCACUGGAAAAGGGACUGCAUGUGAAUGAAAUUGCCCAACAACUGAGCAUGCCGGUGGAAAAAAUCUCAGAAUCAAUCAAAUUUCUUGAAGAAGACGGCUUGGUUUACUCAACGAUAGAUGACUAUCAUUUCAAGUCCACUGGCAAUGGUUGAUUUCUUGCGUAUGCGAAGUGAAGCCAGGCAGGAGCACUCUCCUAAGUUCUAACCGGAUUGUGCCCGCAUCUCUCCUUUACUCUUUUAUAUAAAGGUGCAGAUAUGUUAAGAAUUUUGUAUUAUCUAGUAGUAUGAAGUCCUUUUUGGCCACAAUAUUAGUUGAACAGUCAUGUUCAAAUGACUAAUUGAGGUGUUUUUGCUAGUUUUCACGAGAACGAUAUGCUCUAAAGCUACCUCUCUUUUUUUCCCAUUUGAAAAUGCACUGUUCAGUGGUUUGGUUUAAGGAGACGCUGACGGAUUUCUGGAACUGGAAGAGAAAUGGGAAAUGGAAGAAACCAUGAAGUGGGAAAGCUCUUUUUUGCUGCUCAUUUCCAUCAUUUUCCUUUCCGUUUAUCCCUCCCCAAAUCCAUGAUCCAUAGGCAACCAUGAGGUUUUAGUCGCUCUAAUGGCACAAAAUAUCGGGUAGUAGUCGGGUAUCUUUUUCGAGACUAUGUAAUUUUGUACUCUUAUGAAUUUAAGCAUGGUGAGUUUUAAUCCAAAUGUUGUGGAUUUCUAGAGGUAAA